GCCAUAGUUGGUUUCAGUCGAUUGUCGGCGGGGGAUAAAGCGCGUUGACUGCAGCCUAAUGGAAAAUUUGGGCCCAUCGGAUGUUCAGGCCAUCAGCAGCCCUAGCCGCGGCCAUGCUGAGGAGAUCAUGAUCGAGCUGGCUCGCCAACUGACGAACAACAAUAAGCCGCCACCACUCGCAUUCGAGGAAGUGCCGCCUCAGGAGCUUCGCGCUUUUGGCGGCAGCGAUUCUUGUCGGACUGCUGACUCUGCUCUGUAUGGUCAAAGCGCAGUGGCUCAAGCCAGAGACCAGGAUCCAGCCAAGGAACGCUUGCAGAGAGAUGUACUCAACAUGGUUAACCUACCGAGAGGCCUGUGCAUCAUCAUCGACAAUUUUAAUUAUAGAGGUUCAGGACUGCGGCGCGAUGGAUCGGAGAAAGAUGGGCGUGAGAUGGUGCGCCUUUUCACUUCAUGUGACUUUGAGUGCUUGUUGGGCACUCACAUGAUUGCAUCCGAAAUGAAGCUGUUCCUGUCUGUAGCAGCCCAGUCUGCACAUGAGAGGACCGACUGCCUGGUUGUGGUCCUCAUGUCACACGGCACGACAGAGAUGAUUCAUGCCGCUGAUAACGUGCCGCUGCACCUGGACGACGAUAUAUGCGCACUGUUCAACAACGAGAACUGCCCAGGCCUGCAAGGAAAGCCCAAGCUGUUCUUCAUACAGGCCUGCCGUGGAGGGAAAGAAGACAAUGCAACGGGAACCACCGCGUAUGAAAGUGCAGAUGACAUGGCAAUGGCGGCUGAAGCGCCUCAGACAUUGAGGCGGGAACGUACGGCCACCUGGUCGGACAUGUACACCGCUUACGCGAUGAUCCCUGGCUACAAGGCGUCUAUGAAUCGUAUGAUCGGUUCGUGGUUUCUCUCGGCCCUCUACAGGGUGUUCACUGAACAUACUGGCACCAUGCACCUGUAGGAGCUGAUGCACCGUGUCCACGAUAAAGUCAUGGCUCUGUCCACUUCCGAUGGCACCAAGCAGACAGCCGGUGUGGAGACGCGAGGCUAGCGGAAGAAGCUGUAUUUCAAACCGGGAUUCUCCACUGACCACCAGCCAUAGUAAGCCGAAUUAUUAAAGUGAAAGCUUUGGAUGCCUCGU